GGAAUCGAAAGAGCAAGAGAUGGUGUUGGCAAUACUUUGGGGAGCACGCAGUGGAGUCACAUGCCCAGUGACUCGCAAGGUAACAGUAACCAGAGACCAGCUCUGGGCCGAUAGGAAGUCAGCUUUUCCUGCCGUGCUGGCGAGGUCGGCCGGGCACGCACGGGUUUGUACCUUCCGCCGGACGGGCCCUCGGUCUCUCUGCGGCGGCCUGCCCACCUCCUCCUCCUCCCGCCCCCAAGGAAACCCUCUGUCCAGCGCCGCGAGGGUUACUGCAGCGGCAGAUUCUAGGGCAGAGGAGGGCAGGCAGCUUCUUGUGAAGAUGGUGUAAAGUUUGAAGAGGAGUGUCCUGAGCUUUCUCUUCACCAUGGCCUAUGACCUUCCCCAGGACCCAGCUGGGGCACCUGGACCCUCCCUCACUUCCUUCUCUGAUUGGGGCACUCUUGUGCAGGAGGAUACUUCCUGCCUGGAGAGAAGAGCACUUACCAAUGGCCAGCUCCUUAUGGUCUUAAGUACUGACAGUACCUGUGAAGCUGCCUCCUUUAACAUAGAAGUCUCCCAGGAGAAACUGAAGACCUGGGGGAUCCAGGUGCCAACAGAGAAGUACAAGAGUUUAAUUGAGAAUGCCAUCUUAGAUCCCCAAGUGAGAAGAUUCAUGUUCUAUAACUCCAGGCCUUUCCAGUUGGCUAUUGCUGUGGUUUUCUACAUAGCAAUGUGGGCUAAUCUGUACUCCACCAGCCAGAUGUUUUCUUUGGGAAGACACUGGGCAGCUGUGGUUCUUGUGACCCUAGGCACUAUAUUAGCUACCCUCAUUCUCAUUCUCAUCUUUGACAGGCACCAAAGGAAGGCACACACGAAUACAGAUCUCCGUCUGGCAGCUGCCAACGAAACCCUGAUGCCAUACCACAUGCUCCUGGGGGUGACUGGCGAGGUGGAGGGCUGCCAGGCUGUACUGCAGCUUUGGUUUGUUUACUUCCACUUAGAGAGCUGUCUCCACUCAUUAUCGGACUGUAUCCGAGAACUGAAGGCCAAUCAAGAGUCAGUGCUAAGAGACUGCCUGAACCAGUUCCAAGUGGUCGUGGAAACAGUGGUGAGCCCUGCCCAGGAAGAGGGAGAAGAGAAUGAAAGGCUGGCUGAGGAAUCUCCUUUGCUGCCCAGUGGUGGGACGGAGCCCAGGAAAGGAGUGGUCACACAGAUGGUUCUUCAGCACCUCAUUCCAGAGGAUGCACCAGAGGUGAUGGCCCAGCAGAUGCUGGUAGUCUUUGGUGGAUUAUACAUCAGGCUCUUGGUGACCAAUCAGCUUCCUGAGACUACAGCAUCAAGGCACGCAGAGUCAUUGCAGAGCCCUUGCCCUUGCCAGUUCAUUGAGACUCACAUCCUAGGGGCUGGAUGUUGUUCCCCCUUGUCGAGGUGACGGCUGCAGAGGCCAGAGAGCUGGUCUAGAAUAAGGACUUGAUUCUAGAAUAAGAAUCUGCUGCCAAGCGAAGCCCAGCUGUAAGCAGCAGACCGGAGGGGCCAUUGACACCCUUGGACCGUGUGGCACAGCACCCUUGGGAAGGAGAAGUCGUCAGCCCAGAGAGCAUCCCUUGCACAUUCUCAAAGUCUGUUGAAACAGCUCUUCCAACUGUGAAAUUGAACACUGUGCUCCAAGCUUGCAGAUGUCUCUGUCGGGGUUGUGAAUGGGCCCAGCUUCAAAAUUCAUUCUUUGUUUAUUCCUAGGCACUAAAGCGAAGGGCUUUCCUCUGAAUUACACAGGCCCUCUCUGGGCAUCCUGGAAGUGGUCUGUGUGCCGAUAUUGCCUGUAGGAUUAGUACCCAAGCAUGGUAAAGUAGAAAGAGUUCUGGAUCUGGGAUCAGAGGACUUGAGUUCUCCCACUUAACUUCUUGUGGGACCUGGGAUAUAUCACUUAAUUUUCUACUCUGUAAAAUGAGAGGAUUGGGUUGGAUGAUCUUGGAAGUCUUUUCUAACUCUGAUCUUUGUGAGCUCCUCCUCAUUCUUGAAUUCAAGGCCCUCUGUAAGAAGGCUGUAAUCUGUUUUUAUAGCCUUAUCUCCCACUGCUACUCCCUUAAACACAGUGCAUUAGCCAAACUGGUCCUCAACAUAUGCCUUGCAUUCUUCUGAGUGGAUACCUUUGUUCAUGCCUUUCUCCCCAUUUGGAAAGCCUCCCUCCUCUUUUCCCCUCCCCUCCCUUUUCACUUUGCACUUUGACACCUAGCAAAAAUUCUACUCCUCUUUCGAGGUGAAGGGGAAAUUUUGCUUUUGGCUCAGAUGAGCUGAUUUCAGGUGGGCUUGACUUGAGCAAGUUCUAGGGACUUCCUUUGGAAUGAGAAGAUUAUGAAGGUUAGGUUUACUGGUUUUGGGGAAUGGGUAUGUAGGAGGAGAUUGAGUUUUCCCUUUGGUGUAGUGGGCAUAUAAUGGCCCAUCUUGCCUGCUAUUGUGGGGAAUCAAAUGAGGGCAUGGAUAAGCAAGUGCUCUGAACACUGUAAAGCACCAUUGGAGUUUUACCUGUGGGAUUCCUGUUGUCAUUUUUUGUUUUCCGUAGUCAGGACCAGAGAGGAAAUGUUUCCAGGGCAAUAGGGGAGGGGAUAUAUUCCCUGUCAGUCAGUAGGCUACACUGAGAACUUAUUCUGCUGACCUCAUCCUUGGGAUUUGUGUCAAAAACCCCCCACAGAAUUAUUCAUAAAGGUAGCAACAGCUGCAUUACUGAUGAGUAUAGAGUGCAGAGAAAAGAUCAGACACAGGUGUCACCCACAGAAAUUUAUAUUUCAUGCCUACUUUUGGGGACAAAAGACAUAUUAAAUGGUCAAAGGAUCAUUUUUCAAAUUGAAUUUCUCUAUUAAAAUCUCCUGUGAAACCA